AUGGCGGUGUCCACGUAUCAUGGACAUCCACUGGGAGUAUAUUUACAAGUUUUGCUGAUUCUUUUAGGAGCUUUGACCGUUCGACUGUGUGUUUCUAUGUGGGGAUACUCAGGUCAGGGCAAACCUCCCAUGUUUGGUGACCUUGAAGCUCAGAGACACUGGAUGGAGGUCACGGUCAACUUGCCGACCAGUGAAUGGUAUGUGCAGACUGACCGCAAUGACCUCCAGUAUUGGGGGCUCGACUACCCUCCCUUGACCGCUUAUCACAUGAUGCUGAAUGGGAAGAUAGCUCUCCGUGUGAAUCCCCAGUUGGUGGCUUUAAAUGUGUCACGUGGAAUUGAAGAUGCAGAUGCCAAGGUAUUCAUGAGGGCUACAGUUCUUCUGAUGGAUGCACUGUUUUUUCUACCAGCCGUGGCUGCUUAUUUCUUGCUUCAGCAACCAAAAGUCCAACCUGGCAAUGAUUUUUUUGGUUUUGUGGCAGUCUUGGCAAUCUACCCAGGCCUUAUCCUUAUCGACAAUGGACAUUUUCAAUACAACAACAUCAGCCUGGGUCUGCUUGUACUGGCAACCCUGGCCAUCGCUCAGCGAAGAGAUUUCAUUGGGGCUGUCCUCUUUUGCUGCGCUCUGAACUACAAGCAGAUGGAGCUGUAUCACGCGCUGCCAUUUUUUGCCUAUCUGCUGGGCAGCUGCUUCAGAACAACGUUGACCGCUGGGUUGAAGAAGUUGGUGUCGCUGGCUUUGAUUGUGUUAGUCACUUUUGCAGCAACAUGGUUUCCAUUCUUGUGGACAGUGGAGUCAGCACUUGCAGUUGUUCAGAGAUUAUUCCCUGUUAAAAGAGGUCUUUACGAGGACAAAGUCGCCAACUUUUGGUGUUCUGUUUCUGUUCUCAUCAAGUUCAAGGAGAAGUUUGCAGACUCUGACAUGGCAUUGAUUUGUUUGUCUGUGACCAGUAUCUGUUUGUUGCCCUCCUUCCUGCAUCUGCUCAAGAAUCCAACCAUUAGAAGUUUCCACUAUGCUUUGAUUAAUACUUCCUUGGUGUUCUUCCUAUUCUCGUUCCAUGUUCAUGAAAAGAGUAUACUUCUAGCUGCCAUACCUGCCUGUCUGGUUGUGAAGUCUGAUCCAUUUGCCGUCGUCUGGUUCCUGCUGAUUUCAGUGUUCAGCAUGCUGCCAUUGUUGUUAAAAGACGGGCUCUUGAUUCCUACACUUGCUACCACUGGCCUCUUCUGGCUAAUAGUCACACAUUUACUGAAUCCAACCAGGCAGGUGUCUCCACAAGCCAGGAAAAUUUUUACAUUGUCUCUACUCAUUGCUGUCUGUAUGGUCCUGGCAACUUUAUUCAUCCCACCACCGAAGCGAUUCCCAGAUAUCUUUCCACUACUUAUCUCCAUUUAUUCUUGUGGACAUUUUUUUAUAUUUGCUGGACAUUUUCAUCUCCGACAGUUUGGUAGGGAGAGUUUUUUGUUGAGUACAUCCAACAGUGAUGGCCAUUUUGAUUCUGCCUAUGAUGCUUCAGAAUCUGCUGUACCGAAUGGUAAUAACGAUGUUCGAAAAUCUCCGAAGGAAAUAUUGAAUGCAUCAAAGGUCAAACACAGGAAACACCAAAAAUGA